GUUACGGAUCUACGGCUGUAAAAGGGUGGAAACACUAAUAAUGUCUAACAUCAGGUGCUUGGAACGGGAGCUUCAGUGUCCCGUAUGUAAAGACAUCGUGAAGCAGCCGGUGGUGUUGCCCUGCCAGCACAGUGUAUGUUUGCUGUGUGCCUCAGAGGUGCUGGUGCAAUGUGGCUACCCUCAUCCAGAGCUGCCCCCAGAGCCCCAUUCUCCUGCCUCGACGCCAAACACGCGCUCACCGCGCCAGACCCGCCGGCCUGUGGACCGACCCUUGCGCCCAGGAUUUGGGACCUAUCCAGGACGAAGACGUAAGGAGGGCCUGACCCAGGUCAUGCUGUUUCCCUGUGUUCCCUGUGGUCGAGACGUGGAACUGGGUGAGAGAGGACUGGUGGACUGUAUGAGAAACCUUACAUUAGAGCGAAUAGUAGAAAGGUACAGACACACCGUGAAUCUGGGCAGCGUUGCAGUAAUGUGUCAGUUCUGUAAACCUCCUCAGCCACUGGAGGCCACUAAAGGCUGUGCUGACUGCAGGGCGAGUUUCUGUAACGAGUGUUUUAAGCUCUACCACCCAUGGGGUACUCCACGUGCCCAGCAUGAGCAUGUACUGCCCACACUCAACUUCAGACCCAAGGUGUUGACGUGUCCAGAGCACGAUCAGGAAAAGUUACAGUUCUAUUGUAAGUCAUGCCAAAGACUCCUCUGUUCCCUCUGUAAGCUUCGUCGAGUCCACGGAGGUCACAAGGUUGUAUCUGUCACCCAGGCAUACCAGACAAUUAAGGAUAAGAUCAUCAAGGAGCUAAACUUCAUCCUGUCCAAUCAGGCUUCAGUACUGACUCAGAUCACACAGCUGGAAAAUGCCAUCACUCAAACUGAGGUGAACAGUGUAGCAGCUCGUGAGCAGCUUUCUCAGUGUGUGAGGGAACUGACUGCUCUGCUAUCAGAGCGGCAGGUUAUCCUGUCUCAGGGCCUGGAGAGCUCACGCCAGAGGCGCAGUGAUGCCUUAGCCAAUCAAGUAGCAGAAAGGCGGAGCUUGCUGGAAAAUGCCGGCCUCAUCGCUUUUACCCAGGAGCUGCUGAAGGAGACGGACCCGGCCUGCUUUGUUCAUGCUGCCAGGCUAACACACAACAGAUUGGCUCAGUCUAUCGAUUCCCUUCAGAGCUUCUCUCUCUCCGCUGAUCCCUCAUUCCGCCACUUUCAGCUGGACGUCUCCAGAGAGCUCAAACUUCUCACUGACCUCAACUUUAUUCAAGCCCCUCUUGCCCCCGUUAUCGACACCCAGCACACCCUGGCCUACGAUCAGAUGUUCCUGUGCUGGCGGCUGCCGCAGGAUUCCUCCCCCACCUGGCACUACUCGGUGGAGUACCGGCGCCGAGGUGUGGUGCCAGGGGGAGGGACAAAAACCGGAAUCCGGGGCGGAUUGGCAGGCGCUCGCUGGGGCUGGCAGCGAUUGGAUGAGGUGAGCGGGACCAGCGCUGUGAUCGACAGGUUGGAGAUGGACAGUGUGUACGUUCUCAGAGUGAGAGGCUGCAAUAAAGCCGGCUUCGGAGAGUACAGCGAAGAAGUGUACUUACACACCCCACCAGCUCCAGUACUGAAUUUUUACCUGGACUCUCGCUGGGGUCUACAUGCUGACCGACUGGUGGUGAGUAAAGAGCAGCGUGGCGCCCGUAGUGUGCCGGGCCUCUCUCUUCUCCAGGCUGCCGACCGUGCCCUCACUUCUUGUCACCUGACUGCCGAUCUUCUGGUGGGUGACGUGGCCAUCACACAGGGCCGUCACUACUGGGCAUGCUCAGUGGAGCCUGGCUCAUACCUAGUCAAGGUUGGUGUCGGCCUGGAGUCAAAGCUUCAGGAAUGGUUUCAUCUACCCCAAGACAUGGCUAGCCCAAGGUAUGACCCAGACAGCGGCCAUGACAGCGGGGCAGAAGACUCCUCAGACUCCCCUCCACCUUUCACCUUCCUCACUAUGGGCAUGGGCAAGAUCUACCUUCCUGCCACUUCCAACCACGGAACGACCAACCACAGAGACUUCGGCAAAACCAACGGCCCAUCUUCGCCGACCGGCGUCACCUAUCCUCUUCCCCCCAGGCUGGGGGUGUGCCUGGACUUCGAGAAGGGCCGCGUUACCUUUUACGACGCCCAUUCGCUGCGGCCGCUCUGGGAGGGGCCAGUCGAUUGCUCUGCUCCCGUCUGCCCGGCGUUCUGCUUCAUAGGAGGAGGGGCUCUGCAGCUGCAGGACCUGGUGGCAAAUCGCAACGCCGAUCAGACACCCGUCAGAAAAGUCACCAUCCAAUCCCGUGUCACUAAACUGAGCUGAGGUGAAGAAUGCUAAUGAUGUUUGGUUUUAUAUUUCUAGGAAGUAGUUUUUAAAUUGCACUCAACAUUCACCUCAGAUCA